AUGUUGACAAAAAUAAAAUGGCUUAUUGAAUGUCUUGCUUAUAUUAUUAUUAUAUUAUGGAUAAUUUCAGUUUCUAUUGGAUUUAUAUUCAUAUUUAUAUCAAAUGCUAAUGAUAAGCAAAAUGCAACAAUAUCACAAAACAAUACAUCUCAUAAUAUUAUUCGAGUAUUUUCAGCUCAAUUUAUACAAAGUUUAAUUUUAAAACGACGAAAACGAGAAGAUACACACAUUGACAGUAUUACAAAUAAUAGUACAGCAGAUUUAUUUGUUGUUGGUGUAGAAAUUAAAUAUCCGAUUUCAUGUUAUGGAUUAAUAGAUGUUUCAUUUAAUUCAUCAUUCACAGAUAAUACUACAUCAACUAUUAAACUUUAUUUUCAAUCAAUAAAUCAAACAAUUCAAGAAAAUCUAUCUAGUACUACAAUAACAACAUCUAGCACAAUAAUCACAAAGUCUGUAAGUAGUACAAGUACUACGACUGCAGAAACCAGCACAACUACUCAGACCACUAUACUAACUGAGACCAGUACAAUUACUGAAACUACCACCACUACUGAAACCAGCACGACUACAGAGACUACCGCCACUACUACUGAGACCAGUACAACUACUGAAACUAUCACCACCACUGAAACCACUGCCAUUACUGAAACCAGUACAACUACGGAAGCCACUGCCACCACUGAAACUACCACCACUACUGAAACUACCACCACUACUGAAACUACCACCACUACUGAAACUACCACCACUACUGAAACUACCACCACUACUGAAACUACCAUCACUACUGAAACCAGUACAACUACUGAAACAACCAGCACAACUCUAGUACAAGCACUACUUGUGGCCGUCUGGGCAAUAUAUAUUGGUCAUGGAUUUCGUGCUUAUGGAUGUGGUAGUGCUGAUGCUUCGUGUGGCGGUAAUGGUGAAUUAUAUCUUUCUACUGGUGGUUUUACAGGAUGUUGUGCUUACACUGGCACGCAAUAUGUUUGUAUCGUUUGUUAA